GCGUAUGAGUGGGCUGGGUCGGUAAGUACGGACAUUCGACACCCAGGUGAUGUCACCUGAAGCCCAUGAUACUUGGCUACUUGGGCAAAAAGAGCUACUAUGGCAUCAAGCCGUGAGGAGGGCCAGGGACACGGCAGACUAAUGUCGAGCAGCACACCGACCACCGGCCGAUGCUCCACCCGCGCACCGAGACCGGACGCGCCGUGACGCCACUGCCGGAAGCGCCUCCGUGCGAGCGCUGCGUGCAGCUCCGGCGGGCGCUCCGUGCCGGUGCCGGCCAUGAGCAAGCGCAAAGCUCCCCAGGAGAGCCCCAACGAGGGCAUCACCGACUUCCUCACCGAACUGGCCAACUACGAGCGCAACGUCAACCGGGCCAUCCACAAGUACAAUGCGUACAGGAAAGCGGCCUCGGUCAUUUCUCGGUAUCCGAGCAAGAUACAGAGCGGGGCCGAAGCCAAGAAGCUGGAUGGAGUGGGUGCUAAAAUAGCUGAAAAGAUAGAUGAGUUCUUAUCCACUGGAAAACUACGUAAAUUGGAAAAGAUUCGACAAGAUGAUACAAGUGCUUCUAUCAACUUCCUGACACGAGUCACUGGCAUUGGUCCUGCUGCUGCUAGGAAGUUUGUCGAGGAAGGAAUUAAGACUUUAGAAGAUCUAAGAAAAAUUGAGCACAAGCUGACCCAUCACCAGCGAAUUGGGUUGAAAUACUUUGAAGAUUUUGAGAAAAGAAUCCCAAGAGAAGAAAUGCUCCAAAUGCAGGAAAUUGUGCUCGAAGAGAUAGAGAAACUGGACCCAAACUAUAUUGCUACAGUCUGUGGCAGUUUUAGGCGAGGUGCAGAGUCAAGUGGCGAUAUGGAUGUUCUCCUAACCCAUCCCAGUUUCACAUCCGAAUCAUCCAAACAGUCAAAACUUUUGCAUCAGGUUGUAGAACAGCUGGAAAAAGUCCACUUUGUCACAGAUAUGCUGUCUAAAGGUGACACAAAAUUCAUGGGUGUCUGUCAGCUGCCAGAUAAAGAAGAUGGAACUGCUUAUCCACAUCGCAGAAUUGAUAUCCGGCUUAUCCCGAAAGAUCAGUAUUACUGUGGUGUACUGUAUUUCACAGGAAGUGAUAUAUUCAAUAAGAACAUGAGAACUCAUGCUCUGGAAAUGGGCUUCACAAUCAAUGAAUAUACAAUACGCCGCUUGGGUGUUACUGGGGUUGCUGGAGAGGCCCUGCCAGUAGAAUGUGAAAAAGACAUCUUUGACUAUAUCCAGUGGAAAUACCGAGAGCCAAAGGAUCGGAGUGAAUAACUAACUGCUUGUCUAGGUUUAUAGCCUACAGAAAUACUUUCAUAGCUUGUUAUGAAGAUGUGAAAAUGCGUAGUCUUACUUUGAAUGUUACUUGAAAAACUGUAUAUUACUGAUAUCUAAAGCAAGUCCAUGGCACUUGAACAGAAUACGCAGUGAAGAUAAAUCCUGUGCGAUUUCAUUUUCAUAUAGUCACAGAAUAAUUUGGGUUGGUAGGGACCCCUAAAUGUCAUGUCGUCCAGUCCCUCUGCCAUGAGCAGCGCCAUCUUUGACUUGAGAAGAUUGCUUAGAGCCCAGUCCAAUCUGACCUUAAAUAUUUCUGAGGAUGGAGCAUCCAGCAUCUCUCUUUGUGUCUUAUAUAUAUGUAGAUACCAAAUGAAAAAGCAGGCUAUAUCGUGAAGUACUCCUGAAGAGUACUAUUUUCCACUAGUCUCUGUGUCUCGUCAUACCUGUGUUAAGUGUCUUGGUGCAGUGCUGAAGCUCAUGAUGAGUUGCUCCUAUGUACUGAUUUCUAAAACCUUUCAAAAUAUGGGCGGUUUGCUAAGGUGGCCAUUCUCCUCUUGCAUGUGAACUGAAUUUUGUUACUAGAUAUGUUGUGGUACUAUUGAUUGCAGUGCUCUGUGUUUUGUUCAGUUUGGUCUGAUUAAUUGAUGAAUUGGUACUGCUCCUGUAGAUUCAAUCUGCCCUUUUUUAUAUGGAAAUCUGUCAAAUCUCAUUUUAUACCCCCCCUUUAAUUGUUGGGAAAGGUUAUGAGUAUUUUGGAUGUGAGACAAAGUCUCUUCAAGAAUGCAUUACUAAUUGUAUUUGGACAGGGAUUCUGUUGGUUAACUUAAAAUUUUCAAAGUAGUAAACUACUAGCCUCCAUGUGUUACAGAGCAUGAGCAUGGAAUGUAUUGGUGCUACUGUAUUUGAAUACUGUUUGUUAUUUUCAUCUUGCUUAAGCAUACAGAACAACUACAUUUUCAACUUGUUCUUAUGCAAGGAGAGUUGAUCAAUCUUAGUAAUGGAGAUUACAAGGUGAUGCUCUUACUUACCCAUUUAUUUUCUUCCAUUUUUCUUGUUAGGAGUUUUAAUUAUUUUCUGGGAAUGUUCCCCAUUGCUAAUGCAUGCAGUAGUAUGUAAGAAAACUAGAAGUUAACUUGGUACUAUGUGAAGUAUUUUGAUGUCUCAUUGUAAAAAUAUAUAUAGCUGAUAUAUUUAGUAUUUUCUUCAGUAAUCAAUAGGAAUAAACAAAUUGAAUAUUUCAUCAUUAAUGUGUGAUAUGUUUUCUCCUCGAGCCAGGUCUUAUGAGCUCUCAAGAGAACUUGUCACACCUGAGAUAGCCCAGCUACCUCAAAUGGCAUAAAAUUAGCAGGGUGGCUUCUGAGGUAGUGUUGGAAACAGAAAAGUUUUAAUGAAAGGCAAAAUAACAAAGCUCUUACAGAGAAAAACCCAAGCCAGGGGCAAGAGGUUCUUGCUCCUGCUAAAACACCCCACAAAAGCAAUUACAUAUUUUGUUCUCUUCUUUUUCAAGUGAAUUACGUAGGCGGGACCCUUUGGCUUCUGUCCAGUUGGCAGCCCUAGGUUUGAGGUGAAGUCCCAAAGGUCCUAUGAGGUGUCUUUUUACCAAAUUGAGGAAAGAAACUUCUGGGCUUUUUUCCUUUUUAAGGAGACAAAGGAUAAUUUGGCAACAGGGGGCACAUUCCUACAAAUGUAUAGUGGUGUUUAAUUAUUAUUUUAUUCACUGUAAUUUUAGAAAAUCAAAAAACAGUUUACCACGUUUGUAAAUGUUUCCUGGACAGCACAUAGCAUUACAGUGAUGUAUUCUCCAUCAUCUUUUAACAGGUAUCCCAGAAGACUACUUUGUUUUGGGCCAUUACACAGUAUUAGUUGGCUUUGCAGUCUCUCUCCAUAAUCUGUGAAUUCUACUAUGUGUAAAAAGAGAAAAGAGCUUCUUCAGAGA